UCUGCUGCGCAGCGUAAUUUUUUGCUAGCGAUACAAUUUUCCCUCCUGCAUGUUUCAACACAAGGCGCUUUGCACUUUGGCAACACAGCUUCACUCUUGUUUACCGCCUUGCUUCCUGAACCGUUCGCCCACCAAACAAAAAAAAAAAACAUAGAGAUCAAAUAAUACAACUCGUUGCAACCCAUCAUCAAACCGUCCAAAUGACCCUCCUACUGCAAUUCCUCCUCCUGCUCUUCGUCCCUCUCGUCAGGGCCGCCGAUGCCACCGUCUCCAUAUACGACGACUCGGACAAAUACAUCUACUACGGAUGCUACAACGAGACGACCCAAGUCGCCGGUUCGGCCGAGACGCGCGCGUUGGGCGGCGGCAUCGACGAGAGUCUGCCGGGCGAGAUGACGGUGCCGAAAUGUCUUGCUUUUUGCGGCAACGGGAGCACGGAGUAUCGGUAUGCUGGGCUGGAGUGGUCGAGGGAAUGCUGGUGUGCUCAGACAUUGUCUGGGAUAGCUGAAAAGCUUGAUGAUUCGGCGUGCAACUAUCCCUGCGAGGGCGACAAUACGACCGCUUGUGGUGGUUCUCUGAAAUUGUCCGUCUAUCGCGCUUCUUUUGCGAGUCGGAUGUCUGGUUCGAGCGUGUUUUGUCUAGCGAUGGCCGGACUGGUAAUGAUGGUGCUUUGGUAAUGCGUCACGGGAUGUUGAGAACGACUGUCUGUUGAUAACGACUGUCUGUUGAGAUUUUUCUGUCG